AUGCCACGCCCCAAGGUCCAUCCUGCCCAUCGCCUGCGGGCAAACACUGCUUGUACAGCCUGUCGGGCCUCCAAGAAGCGAUGUAGCGGGACCUUUCCCUGCUCCAACUGCCUGAACAAGGGCCGCGGUUGUUCUUGUACGCCGUUCAAGUCUAUGGCCGAUGCGGACCUCCGCAGCCGCCCCAUGCCUGCUUCCCGACCGACAGAGACCACGCAGAUCUGGGAUAGUCAACAGAGUCCACUUGAUCAACACUCCGACUCCAACACUGUAACCCGACUGUCUGAACACUCGUCACCUGAGAACAUGCUGGAGGCGGGUUCUCGCUCGCCCGAAGCUACGCAUCGGACGCAUCCGCGUAUGCUUCGGAACCUGCAGGGCGAACGAGGUAUGAAAUAUGACCAGGGGCUGAGUCAUUUCUCGCAUAAUGUCAAGAGCGAGGAUAUGCUGGAGACCGAAUCUCACCAUGAUAUACUGAACCCGUCAGAAGACCGCUACAGCAUCGAAGACAAGCGUGGGUUUAUCCAAAAUUACUAUGUAGCGCAGUUCUUCUUUGCUCGCGGCCAGAGCAGGACAUUCGCCAACUUGUUAGAAGAUCCCAGUAUGGAUCUCGUCCGGGUAUUUUUACUCAUGGCGUUCUACAUGCUUGGAUCAUGUCGUCGGAAUGCUGCUUUUAUGUAUUUGGGAGUGGCUGCACGCGCGGCUGUGGCAUUGGGGCUUCAUGCAGAUCCCUCUGGACCAGGGAAUCGUCAUGAGCAGCAAGAACGUUCCAUCUUGGGACGGCCUUCGGCCACCGCGUCUCUGCUCCCGGAGAAUCGAGAAGGUCCAGGUCGGAUGGCCAUCGAACCUCCUGAUGUGGGCUUAGUCGCAUCGUAUCAUCUCUCAUUGAUCCUAGAUGAGAUCAUAUGCCGCUUGUAUAGUGAGAAAGCAGCUUCUCCUGAGAUGGCUGAUUUCCUCCUCUCGAGACUAAAUCGCUGGAGCGAACGCCUACCAGACACGCUGCGGUCAUCAUCUCUUGAAACAGAGAACCGAGCUGUCGUCCAAGAGCAUACUAUUGGGAACAUGCACGUUGCAUGUUCCUACCAUUUUGCAGUGAUUCUCGUCACUCGCCCGUUUCUCAUCUCGACGUUGAGUGUCCGCCUAGCCCAGCUACAUCAGACCUUGGCAGCGAGCGAACCCAGCGAAGCACCCAAGGAGGAUCCAGCACACUCGCGACUGGCAGCUGCAUGCAUCGAUUCGGCAGUUUACAUAGCCUUUGUGUUUGCUGCAGCUCUUGUACUCGGGUUCUCAAUGUUCUCCCACCGCGAUGUUGACGCCGAAAUCGACGGCGCAUUUCAAGGUGCACUUACCAUACUACGCAUGCUCGCUUCCCAGUCUGCACAGGCCGCCCACUACUUGGAGAUCCUGUCUUUGCUCGAAUCCGCCGUCAAACAGCAGCGCCAGCGCCUGACCGCGCACUCUCGCCAGCGACGCAGCCAAUACGUUAGACGGAUUUUCCGCUUAACCGACCCUACGACGACUACUCGAACGCAGGGCGGGAAUCGUGGUCGACCAGAGAAUAGUACUCUGCUGGCUACGCCUGGAGGCUCACUCUAUCCGUGGGUGCCGUCAGACGACACCUCGUGUACCGUGACACCGCCAGUCGAUGGGACAUUUUUGGAUGGGGAGGGCAUGGAGUUGCCGCUGUGGGAUAGCUUUCCGUUUCUCACGGAGCCAUCGACGAUAUUGAUAUGA